UGUUCUCUAAGGUGGCUGUGAAAUGGCGUGUGGAGGGCGGGUUGCUGUUGGCAGCAGUGGAAGAGGAGGUGUUCUCAGCCCCAGUUGGUCAAGGGGAGCGUUAAGAGCUUUAGUAACAGAGCCCAAGGGUCAGCAGUUCUUUGCCUUAAUGUUCUGUGGCUGCGCCUGUGGCUGAACAUUGCUUCCUGAGGAAAACUGAUGCAAUCAGUGUAAUUUGAAUCUGCUUUGGUGCUUAGAUGGGUACCAGGUGGCUGGAUCUGGACUGUUGCCCCCCCCAGCUCUCUUUUCAAAGCUGCUUUGCCCCCAUUCUCUGGGUUCCCAGCUGAGGGAAUUGAAGGUUAAUGUGGAAGUUCAGCAGAUUUGUUAGCUCAAACCAAAUCUUGGUAUUUGAUGUGCAGAUAAUGUGGUAAAAAACCCCAAUAUUUUUACAGCUUUGGAGCUUAAAGUCCUCUAUUUGUGAAGGAAAAGCAGUAUCAGUCGUGACACAAGUGCAGGGCAGUUGGUGAUGUAGAAGGUUGCAUCAUUUGAAGGAUUUCCAGCAACUCCAACACAAAAGCACUGAAGGUCAGUUGGUGCUGCUGCCACCCUGUGACGUUCCUGGUGGUUGCCCAAAGUGUGGGUCUGUCCCAACCCACCAGCACCUCAGCUAGAAGAUGCGCUAUGUGGGUUUUCUGCUUGCUACCAAAUUAAAAAGAAUCCAGAGAAUCCACUUUGCUAACACACAGCUGGAAAAUGCCAGAGCUCGUUUCUGAGCUCUCCCAUUCUCUGCUUAUCAAAGUACUUGCACAGAUGAUAGAAAGGGCUCUGAAGCAGCUAGUCAGGGCUUGUUUUUCCAGGGUGAUGGUUUGUAGUGUUGCUUUGGGCUCAGACAGACUCUUCUGUAUCUCUAACCCCUUUAUUUUCAUCUUCCCCUUGAAGAAGAAAAGGAGCUCUUGGUAAAACAUGUCGUGGAUCAGAGAGGGCGAGCUGACCAUCAUAGAGAGGUUUUGUGCCAACAUCAUUAAGGCAGGUCCAAUGCCCAAGCAUGUGGCCUUCAUCAUGGAUGGCAACCGCCGCUACGCCCGCAAAUGCCACGUGGAGAGGCAGCAGGGACACUCGCAAGGCUUCGAUAAGCUGGCGCAGACACUGCGGUGGUGUUUAAACCUUGGCAUUCGGGAGGUCACUGUUUAUGCCUUUAGUAUUGAGAACUUUAAGCGCUCCAAGGAGGAGGUGGAUGGACUAAUGGAUUUGGCAAGGCAGAAAUUUAGCCGCCUACUGGAAGAACAGGAGAACUUGAAGAAACACGGUGUGUGCAUCCGUGUCCUUGGGGACCUGCCACUUCUGCCCUUGGAUGUUCAGGAGCUGAUUGCGCAAGCUGUGCUGGCAACAAGGAACUACAACAAAUGCUUUCUAAAUGUUUGCUUUGCAUACACAUCGAGACAUGAAAUCAGCAAUGCUGUCAGGGAGAUGGCAUGGGGAGUGGAGCAAGGACUGCUCGAACCCAGUGACGUGUCUGAAUCGUUGCUUGAUAAGUGUCUGUACACCAACAACUCCCCUGACCCAGACCUGCUGAUUCGAACCUCUGGAGAGGUUCGGCUGAGUGAUUUCCUGCUCUGGCAGACAUCCCAUUCAUGCCUGGUGUUUCAGUCAGUCUUGUGGCCAGAAUAUUCCUUUUGGAACUUGUGUGAGGCUAUCCUUCGGUUCCAGAUGAACUACAGUGCUUUACAGAAGGCCAGAGACUCCUACAUGGAGGAAAGGAGGAGGCAGCAGAUGGAAAGGGAUCAGGCUUAUGUGGCAAAGAAGCUGCAGCAGGAGGGGGUUGCGUCCCACGGAGACUCUCAGCGCCGACGGACACUGUUGCAGAAAUGCACCGCCAUGAGGGAGGAGAGAAUCCAGAGCUUCCUGCAGGCACUGGAGCACAAGAGAGCGGACUUCUUUGAGAGAUUGUGUUCGGUGUCCGCAUGACACAGGUGCUGGGUUCUUCAUGGGAAGACCAUUUUAAUCUGUGUUAGAGGGAACAGCUGCUGCCCUGAGGAAUUCACUCGCUGUGGGGAUGCAGGGCUGCUUUAGGACUUGUCCCUGCUGGCCCUGACCAAGGGCAGGGACAGAGAGUACUGUGAACCCUUCUAGUUCUGUGAAUGCUGCUGAGGAAGGUAAUGCCGUCCUGACUCGCCUCCCUGCCCCUGGUGAUGGAGAAUGAGCACACCCCAUGUAUCUCUGCUGCUUGAUACUUUGCGGGUCUGGGGGUUUUGGUGCAAGAAGUUAACUGAAAUGAGCCUCUAGUUGUGUUUGACUCCUCAUGAACUGGCCCAAGCAAACCAACUCAGUCCUGUUAAAUCAGUCCAGGCUUCAAUUCUUCCCAUGGUGAAUUUUCUGUGGAGAUUCCCUCUGCUGUCCCAUAAAGGGAAGCUUGCUUCCUGCAGGCAGAGGAUAAUUCCUGGUGUAAAAGGGAGCCCUGUGCUAAGCAGUGGCAGGGAUAUUCCCCACUGCCUACUUUCACUGUGAGAGCAUCUUGGCCUUUCCCCACCUUACUCUGCUGGUUUGGAUCUGCUCUUGUCUUCCAAAGAGCUAAAGUGAGGUGGUGUCAGCCUUGCUGUAAAGGAAAAAAGAUACUCCAAAGUCUUGUGAUCCCUUCUGAGCAUUGUGUGUUGGGAAAACCCAAACGCCAAAGAUGCUGAUGUUGAACCAGACUAACUGUGCUUAGCAAAGGCUCCGAGCAGGCAAGGAAGAAAGAUUGACUGGGAGUUAACUUCAUGCCUCAGAAUACAGUACCCAAAACCAACCUCUGCCCCCAGCCAAUAUGGUUUUGAAGGAUUAUUUAGCUGAUUGUAAUGGGAGUGGCCAGAGCAGCUGUGGAGUGUGGUUUGUUCUCAGAGUUCCACUGGCAGGGACAUGGGCUAGCUUAUUUCCAAGCCCGUAUCCACCUCUAAUUUCUCCUGGUUUCCGUCCCCAUGGUCAAAAUAACAGCAAAUGUCUUGAUUUGUGUUUCUGAGGCACAUCCAGGUGCAGCAGUACCAGCUAGUGCUGGAUUUCAAGUGUUCUUUUUUACCUCCAGGUGAAAACUAGGAAAAUGCAGAGUUGAAAGACUUGUCAGUGCUGCAAACCCAGCACUUUGUGAUUGUGAAGAGGAUAACUAUUGUCAAAUUGUGAAUAAAGCCUAUUCGUACCAAACUUCUUUAAAACCCAAGCUGAACGGCUAAAAGUAUGUAGAGCUU